UCAACGUGUAAGAAAACAUUCAGCUGCUCCGAGUGUGGGAAAAUAUUUAGCCGCAAGCAACAUCUGAAGAGACACAUGAGAACUCACACAGGAGAGAAGCCUUUCAGCUGCUCUGAGUGUGGGAAAUCUUUUACACAGAGUGGAGAUUUACAGAAACACAUGAGAAUCCACACAGGACAAAAACCUUUUAGCUGCUCAGUUUGUGAUAAAAGAUUUUUCCAGAAAGGAGAUCUGAAUAGACACAUGAUAACUCACACAGGAGAGAAAAUGUUUAGCUGCUCACUUUGUGAUAAAAGAUUUUUCCAGAAAGGAGAUCUGAAGAGACACAUGAUAACUCACACAGGAGAAAAAGCUUUCAGCUGCCCAGUCUGUAAGAAAUCUUUUACAGAGAAAGGAAGUGUAAAGACACACAUGGUAAUCCACACAGGGGAGAUGCCAUUUAGCUGCUCUGAGUGUGGAAAAAGAUUUAACCACAACUCAAAUCUGAAGAAACACUUGAGAACUCACACAGGAGAAAGACCUUUCAGCUGCUCAGUUUGUGAUCAAAGAUUUGGCCUCAAGGCACAUCUGAAGACUCACAUGAUAACUCACACAGGAGAGAAAGCUUUCAGCUGCUCAGUCUGUAAGAAAUCUUUUAGACAGAGUAGCCAUUUAAAAUAUCACAUGAAACAACACACAGGAGAGGAACCAUCUACUUCCUGUGUUAGUGACAUCAGGAAGCAGCAGGAGUGAAACUCCAAUGUGGACCAGGAGCAGCCAGAGAAUCUCAGCCAGGACAAUUAAUGUAGUGUAUUAGUACAAACUGAGCACAUGGAAACAGAAGCCGAUGGAGAG